AUGUUACCGCGCUUUGAUGAUGUUCGUCACAUGAAGGACGAAAACUUAGCACCUUUUCACCGGAAUCGAAGGAGAUUUCCUCGGAAACAGCUUCAGCAUGAAUGUUCCAGUAAAGCCAAUCGACAGCUGGUCAAGAGGAAUCCUCCGUCGUCUUCUGGUGGGCUCGACCUCCGAAUCUCUUCACCCAACACUUUCACUCCAAAUGGAAGUAAGCCGAGGACGAUUUCGCACAAAGCUACCCUCACAGCUUCUAAUGGAACCAAUUCAUGUAUCACUUUCAUUCGCUUCUUCAAACGAAAUGGAAAGUACUCCAACAUCGAAUGA